CAGUAAAACGUGACGUCACUAACAUAUAUUCGAGAAUGGAGGAAACAUCUCUUGACGAAAUUCUCCUUGUGGCCGCUCUAGACUUUGGAACAACUUACUCUGGAAUUGCCUGGUCUUUUACGAACGAAUUCGAAAAAUAUCCUCUUCGAAUCAACAGCAUUCAAUGGUCAAGCAUGGUUGGUCCUUCACAGGCCACUUAUAAAACACCAACUGCUUUGCUUUUAAAAUCAAAUAAGGACAUGCUAGCAUUUGGAUACGAGGCAGAAGAACAGUACAGUGAGCUGGCAGACGACAAUGCUCAUUCUGGGUAUUAUUUCUUCAGAAACUUUAAGAUGAUGUUAUAUGAAAAUGAGACUCUGAGGAAUGAUACAGUCCUUUUUGAUGAUGAAGGACAUUCGAUGCAAGUCAAAGACAUUUUUGCUCACAGUAUCACCUAUAUGAAAGGACGUCUUCUGGAUGAAUUGAAAUCCAGGGGAAAUAUGAUUAGAGAGGAGAACAUAAGGUGGGUCAUAACGGUCCCUGCGAUAUGGAAUGAUGCUGCCAAGCAGUUUACACGAGAGGCAGCGAUUAAGGCUGGCAUACUAAGUUACAGAAUAAAACUUGCUCUGGAACCCGAGGCCGCAUCUAUAUACGCCAAAGAAAUCCUCAUCGAAAGAUCGCAUGGUUCAAGUCAACAACGGAUGCCAUCAUUUGAGAAAGGGACCAGAUUUAUUGUUCUUGAUCUUGGAGGUGGAACGAUUGACAUUACACUGAAAGAGAUAGCUGACGAAAACACUCUCAAAGAAAUUCAUCAUGCUUCCGGUGGACCUUGGGGAGGACUAACGGUCAAUAAAGAAUUUAUAACUUUUUUAGAGGGUCUUGUUGGAAAAGAGGUUGUUGAUGAGCUGAAAACAAAACAUAGGGCCGCUUGGUUAGAUUUAGAGAGGGAAGUUGAGUCAAAGAAGAGAAAUACAAGAGGAGACAAAGAUGGGCGAAUUCUUAUCCAAAUCCCUGGCGAAUUACAAGAUAUCUACGAGAACAAGAAUGGCAAGAAACUUAUCAAUGCUAUUGCAUUUGAAACAAAGUAUGCUGGAAAAAUUGACAUCAGAAGAAAUUGUCUUCGAGUAGAUAAAUCCAUCAUGGAAACUUUUUUCAAGAAUUGCUUGGAUAAUAUUGUAAAGCAUAGUAAGAGUCUGCUAGCGAAAUCUGAGGCUCGGGACAUUAAAUAUCUUAUUCUCGUCGGUGGGUUUGCAGAAUCUGAGUAUAUGAGAACUGAGAUAGCUAACGCAUUUAGUAAUCUUCAGGUGUUCAUCCCAGACGAACCAUGGCUUGCAGUCGUGAGAGGGGCCGUGAUAUUUGGACAAAAACCGUCAGUGGUUAAAUCACGAAUAUCCAAGUAUACCUAUGGAACGUCCGUCAUUCGAUAUUUUCUGGAGGACUUCGAUGAUCCAGAAAACAAAAUAGAGGAAGAUGGCAAACCGUACUGCAGAAAUGUGUUCAACAAGCUUGCAGAAGUUGGUCAAUCUUUUGAAGUUGGUGAAACAGCCGACACCGAGGUCUUUGCACAUAGAGUAGAUAUGACGAAGAUGAAGAUAAGGGUUUAUAGGUCUACUGAAGCGAAUCCUCGUUACGUCACUGAUGGAAGCUGCUUACAGAUUGGGAAUAUGGUGCUUGAUAUGCCAGGUUAUGGAAGUGAAAGAAAGGUCACAGUGUCCUUAAGUUUUGGGGAUGAAGAGAUAACAUGUAAAGGUGUCAACGAAUCAGGGGAAUCAGUUCAUGUUAAAUUGGAUUUGCUCUCUGAUUCCUAGGUAGUUCGACUAAUAUCAGCGUAUAUAUACAGAAUAUGGAGUGAUGGCAUUGCAAUAGUUAUGAUUCUUAUGCUAGGACAAAGAGAUCAAACUUUUCUGGAAGUAAAUGAUAACAGUAUUAGUUUCUAGUUUAGGUAACUCCAUUGGAAUAAAUCAAUGAUAUUCUUACGCAUCGUAUUCAAUGUAGCUGCUUCAAAAAUUAUUCAUUUUAAAUAUUUGUAAUUCUUACUUGUAUCAAUUCGUGUAAAAAAAAAUCUUCCAAGUCUCUGAUGAUAACGAUGUAGCCUCUUACUGUUUUGAUUCAGACAGAAUUCAUCAGAUGUAAAAGUGUAAUUGCACUACAUUGAUCAUGUUAUGUUUUGAUUGAUUGUAGAGUUUUAAUCAUGCGCAUUAGCUUUCAUAUGAAAUACUUGUAUACCCUACCUCAUUUCACUUUUCCACUAUUUUUGUUUAUCUGUGUUUAUAUAUACAUUCUAAAGGAUUGAUAUACAAAAUAUUUAUACA